UUCAGUUUAUAUCUGAUCACAGGAAUUGUGCCGCUACUGUGAAGGUCAAUUCUUUCAAAGAUAUUUCUGCUUCCAUGCCUUGGGUGGGCUCCUAUUUGGGCCUGAAGCAAAAGGACCCUCCACUCCCCAAAUCUGUAAUGGAAAAAGUACGUACAAGAAUGUUUAUGUGGUGGAUCUCGCUGCUUCUUUGUCCUUUAUGCGCAUGGUCUGAAACAAGUGAUGACUGUGAAAAAUUCACCAAACUGAAAUUUCAUAAUUCGUUCAUUGGGACCACUUUGGAUGUAAAGCUGCUGCUCUAUACAAAUGACAGCCUUCACUGUGGAAGGUACACCGAUCCCAAAAACAUUUCAGCUUCUCUACCAUUUGAUGCCACAAAGAAAAUGACGUUUGUGAUCCAUGGGUACAGACCAACAGGGUCACCUCCGGUUUGGAUUGAAAGAAUCGUUCAUCUUUUAAUCGGGAUUGAAGAUAUGAAUGUGAUUGUUGUUGACUGGAACAGAGGAGCUGCAACACUCAACUAUCCGAAAGCAGCUGAAAACACAAGGAAAGUAGCUGACAUUUUGGAAACAACGAUUUCUCAAUUAGUGGAGCUGGGAACUUCUCUUAGUUCAAUCCACCUGAUUGGAGUCAGCCUGGGUGCUCACGUUGCUGGUUUCAUUGGGAGCAGAUUUAAUGGAACAAUCGGAAGAAUUACUGGUCUUGAUCCAGCAGGCCCCCUAUUUACUGGUAGAUCACCAAAGGAGAGACUCGAUCCUAAUGAUGCUAUGUUUGUGGAUGUCCUACAUACAGAUAUUGAUGCUUUAGGUUACAGGGAACCUCUUGGUCAUAUAGAUUUUUAUGCCAAUGGAGGAACGGAUCAACCAGGCUGCCCCAGAACCAUUUUAGCCGGCAAAGAAUACUUAGUCUGUGACCAUCAGAGAUCUGUGUUCUUAUUUCUGUGCUCCUUGAAUAAGACAUGUGAUAUAACAGCAUACCCAUGUUCAUCAUAUAUAGAUUUUCUGGAUGGAAAAUGUACCGAUUGCACUGCCUUUUCCCCAGCACCGUGUCCCAUAUUGGGAUAUAAUGUCUAUAAAUGGAAGGAAGCACUUAUGCAACGGGGGCAAACAAAAGCAUACUUCUCUACGACUGCAGAUGUGCCAUUUUGCAAACAUGCUUACAUCAUGAAUAUUAUUACAUGGAAUCAGAGUGUUCGGUGGGGAUUCAUCACAGUAAAAUUAUUUGAAGGAGAAAAUGUGACAGUAGCUAAAAUUGAUCACAAAGCCUCAAAGUUUGAACAGUACACAGAGACCAAGCUGCUGGCCCAGUUUGACAAAGGCAUGAAUAAAAUACAGAAAAUCUCGAUAAAGUUUUCUACUGGAAAUGUGAUUGGUCCGAGAUAUAAGCUGAGAGUUAUUCGUUUGAAACUGCGGUCACUGGAGAAUGACACCAGGCCAUCCUUGUGCAGAUACGAUGUUAUCCUGGAAGAAAAUAUGGAAGUGACUUUUAGACCAAUCAUCUGCCAGGACACAAAAAAUUAGAGAACAAAGGAGUUCAAGCAGGACAAUCUAUUAUAUUUUAUAUGAGCAUUUAAUUAUUUUUGUAUGAAUAUGCUUUUUAAAAUAGUGUAAUUAUUGGAA